AUGGAUAACCUCAACCGCUCUCUGACGAAUGACCCUCCCGAGAAGGAUCUUUGCAACGACGGCUGGAGUGAAUGCCAUGCCUUUGCCGGUGUGAUUGGGUCAUCGAAGCCCUAUGGUGGAUCCCAAGAGGAGUCGUUGGCUUCGCUCAUCGAGACUGAUCGAUCUCGCGCCGAGCGAGUCCGCAGACACACCGAAGAACAAGUCAUGGAUAAGUCUGUUGCAGAGAGGUUGAAGCCAUGGUACGGAGUGUGGUGCAAGAGACCUGCCUUCCACGAAGAGUACCUGGCUUCUUUCAAUCGACCUAACGUCGAGCUCGUCGAUACAGAUGGCCAGGGAAUUGAGGGCUACACCUCCGAGGGAGUUCUUGCCAACGGAGCGUAA